ACAUUUAUCCAUCCGAUUGUUAAAUGUUUAUUAGGUCCUCCAAAUGUUUGCAGGACGUCGCUUCUACAUCAAGGUAUAGGAAUGGCAGAAUUGACAUAAUUAAACUUGGUGUUUAGUCAUUUUUCUAUGUUUGUUAUUAUCAGGUGAUCAGUUUAUUUGAGCGGUGUGGGAUCCAACAAGACACUCAUAAGGUGCUGCUUGAGUAUUUACAUGACAUUGGCGAAAUCCUUUACUUUCCUGAAGACGAAGCCUUAAAGGAUAUUAUUGUUUUAGAUUUAAUGCGAAUAGUAGAUAUGUUUAAAACAAUAAUCACUGUUAAAGACCCUAAUCUUCAGGAAUAUGCAUUGAGAGAUGCCUGGAGGAGAUUGAACUCAGGAGUACUAGAGGAGCAUCUGUUGAGACAUCUCUGGAAGCAGUUUAAUUUUUCAUCUAAGACAUUUGACUUCUUCAUAUAUCUCAUGCAGAAGUUUGGACUGGUGUGUGAGAAAAAAACUCAAAUGGGUGAUGAGCGUGUUUUCUACGUUCUUUCACGUUUGAAGCCUGAACGUGUGCUUUCACCACCCACAGAAAAUCGAAAUUGUGCAGUUUCUAUCUUUCAUGACUUCAGCGGCUAUUUACCUGACGAUCUUUUCCAGCGUGGAGUAACUAAGUUCAUCGAGAAAUUCCAAGUAGAAGAUAAUGAACCUAAACUCUCUUAUGAGCAUGUGGAGUUGUAUAUCGGUAAACUUCACCAUGUGGUUCUGAAUGUAGCCACCAUCAAGAAUCGGCGUAUGUUUCAGACAACAAUCAUUAGAUUAAAUAUUUCCAAUGCCGAUCAGCUCAGCAGAGAAGAUGAGCCCUCACCGACAGUUUGUAAGAAGGUACUGGACUUCCUCAAAACAGGAUUAAAGAAUUUUUCGCAAAAAGGUGCACGAGGAGUUGGAUUAACAAUGUACAUCCCUUGUGUAUGUUGCCCAAAUGGAGAUGCUCAUAUGCAUAUUGUGCGCACAUUCGAUAAGAAUGUGCUGCCAUGUGGAAGCCGUGGUAUGGAAAUGACGCGCUACAAUCGAUUAUUUGGAGACAGCAUGCCAAUGCAAGCUGUUCCACCUUCCCACGUCGCAGUAAAUAAACCUGAAGCACCUGAAGAUUAUGUGGAUGAUGUUACUAUUGAGACAGUCUCUGAGAAAAUAGGGCUAAGAAGAAAAAAGUUUGGUGUCCGUCUGGGACUUAGUUGGUCUGAAGUAAACAAGUUUAAUACUCACAAAGGAGAGGAGGCUGUCAAAAAUAUGAUGUGGUAUUGGAGGAGCAAAAUGCAAAGUAGAAUGCAACAUCAGCUUAAAUCGUUGUGUGUUGCUCUGGGACAUUAUGGGUUUAAGACAUUUGCCGACUCAUUGUUUAAGGGUGAUACAGAAAGUAUUGUUAUCGAAGAACAAGCAGAACAAGAUUGCUUUAGUGAUCAAGACCUGCUGUUCAUCUGUGACAAUUUGCCAAUCGGAUGGAGAAAACUUGCAAGGCAACUAGGAUUUGAACAGGCAGUAAUUGAUGACAUUAUUACAUACAACCACCAAUGGGAGAGCGACAGCAACAUGCACAUGUUGGCUAUAUGGAAAAUGGGUCACUCAGAAAAGCAAAUGCCAAUCAUGAUCAAAGCUUUAAAAAAGACAGGAUUUGAUCAAGUUGCAGAACGUGUGUGUGAAAGGCAUGACUACAAUGACAAGGCUGUAUAUCAAAAUAAUUGUAGACCUCAAGUUUGGGUAGAUGACCUUAUUGAAACAUCUUACAUGAGUUUAAGGACUGUAUAA